AUGCCUGAAUUAGAACUUGAGGACUCAAUUGAUCUAGGUAUCGAAGGCACUAAUUUACUCGGUGGACAGCAGGAUUUGACAAAUUGGACAAGAUCGGACAAGGAAGGCACAACCAGGAAUGUCUCAGUUAUUACUCAGGUGCAGGCCCAAGCAGUUGAUGAACCAGACGAUGAGGUAUUUGAUGUUGAUGAUGAAGAUGAUGAAGAUGACACAUACAUUGAUGAUGGAGUUGUUGCACCAGUUGCUUCUGUGGAGGGUCAUGCAGAUAAGGGUGAUGCUGGCACUAACUUGCGAUCUGAUACUAUACAGACCAACAUGAGAUCUCGAAGAGUUAAAGCCCCCAGUUUGAACCGAUCGGAAUCGUGUGAAAUGGAAGUCUACCUUAUUUCACUGAGAAACAAAGGGAGAGUGGCGGCGAAAGGAACAUUAAAGACUACUGAUAGCAAACGAGUUAUUGGUGGAAGCAUGCUUGGAACGGAAUUUGUUGGUGUUUAUGUUGAUGGAAUUGAAAAUAAGGGAGAUGAGGAGUUACCUCGACCACUCUAUAGUAUUUGUACUCUAAUAGAUGCUGUUGGCUUUAUUAUUCCUUGGCCCAAAUCACAUGUGAAAAAAGUUAUGAGUUCAAAUCAUACCUGAACCAGCUUGGAAAGAAGUUCAAGCCAUGAGUGGAAAGGAGAAAGAAAGGGCAACGAAAGAUAGAUAUAUUUUAGUUGUUACAGAAAAUUCUAGAAAUAUUUGUAUGAUACUGCUACUUUCUAUGUUUCUUUGAGAACAAAUUUGUCUUGUUCAGUGUACUUCAAUUAAUCGAUGAGUUGGUUCCAGAAUUACUCA